UCUUCAGUGCUUCAGGCGCACACAGGUAUAAAACCCACCGCGCACCAAGAGCCCAGAAGAGCAGACGAGACGCCACAGGACUGCGACCUAAUCUCCCCCUGAUCCUUUUGGAAAUAUGCAUCCUAACUUGGUGAGCUGGCUCGGGACUCUGGGCUUCCUGCUGUGGGCGCUUCUCUGCCUCGGCGCCCUGACAGACGGAUACCCUGUGAAGCCGGAGAACCCCGGCGAGGACGCUCCGGCGGAAGAGCUGGCCAAGUACUACUCAGCCCUGAGACAUUACAUCAACCUCAUCACAAGACAGAGGUAUGGAAAGAGGUCCAGUCCUGAGAUUCUGGACACGCUGAUCUCAGAGCUGCUGUUGAAGGAAAGCACAGACACGCUUCCACAGUCAAGAUAUGACCCAUCAUUGUGGUGAUACUAUCAUCACUGUUUGCUCUGCUUCACCGCUGACAUUCUGACCUCUCCACGCCUGUUACUAAAUGCCUGUCCCACUCAAAAUGACCACCCCAACUCAUCCCCCUUUUACCUCUACGAGCCGUCAAGCAAAAUCAGCCCCUCCACCUUUAACCAUCAGCUACAGUCACAACUGCUUCUAGUAUGUGCCAUUAAAUUGUAAAAAGUAUUAAGAGUAUCAUCUGUGAAAUAUAAAAGAAAAGUGGGGGAGGGAGUGUUGAUUGUAUUGCAUAAUUGUCCUAUUAAAGAUUAAUUGUUUGA